AGGCUGUGUUCUAACAUGCUAAUGGACUGUGUUCUUUCCCGUCAGACAAUGAUUGAGGCCCACGUCGAUGUGAAGACCACUGAUGGCUAUCUUCUCCGCCUGUUCUGCGUGGGCUUCACUAAGAAGCGCACCAACCAGAUCAGAAAGACUUCCUAUGCUCAGCACCAGCAGGUCCGUCAGAUCCGCAAGAAGAUGAUGGAAAUCAUGACCCGUGAGGUCCAGACCAAUGACCUCAAGGAGGUGGUCAACAAACUGAUUCCUGACAGUGUAGGCAAGGACAUUGAAAAGGCCUGCCAGUCCAUCUACCCUCUACAUGAUGUCUAUGUCAGAAAGGUUAAGAUGCUGAAAAAGCCCAAGUUUGAGCUUGGUAAGCUGAUGGAGCUGCACGGUGAGGGUGGAACCAGCAGUGCUGCUGCUAAACCUGCAGAGGGUGACACUGGGGCCAAGGUGGAGAGAGCUGAUGGAUAUGAGCCCCCAAUCCAGGAGUCUGUCUAAAACUCCCAACACAAACAGCUGGUGUCAAUAAACAUGUAAAUUUGA